UACAGCUCCAGCUGAAAGAAGUUUGGCGGGAAGUGGAAGAGACCCGCACAUCUCGAGAGGAAAUGUUCAUCCAGUCUAGAGAAAAUGAGAAGAGACUAAAGAAUUUAGAAACCGAACUCCUGCAGCUACAAGAGGAAUUGGCAGCUGCAGAAAGAGCAAAAAGACAAGCUCCAGCAAGAAAGAGACGACCUGGCUGAUGAGCUGGCAAAUGGUGUUAGUGGCAAAUCUGCUCUUAUGGAUGAAAAACGGGCCCUGGAGGCAAGAAUCGCUCAGCUGGAGGAAGAACUUGAUGAGGAGCAGAGUAAUAUGGAGCUGCUUAAUGACAGAUAUAGGAAAUACACCUUGCAGGUGGAGACAAUGACUACAGAACUGGCUGCAGAAAGAAGCUUCUCCCAGAAGGCUGAAAAUGCCAGGCAGCAACUGGAAAGACAGAACAAGGAGCUUAAAGUGAAAUUAAAUGAGAUGGAUUCCAGCGUAAGGUCAAAAUACAAGAUUGCGAUUGCUUCCCUGGAGGCCAAGAUUGCUCAGCUAGAAGAACAAAUGGAACAGGAAUCAAAGGAACGAGUCUUGGCAAACAAACUGGUGCGACGUGCAGAGAAGAGACUGAAGGAGGUGCUUCUACAAGUAGAGGAAGAGAGAAGAAGUGCUGACCAGUUUAAAGACCAGCUUGAGAAGGCACACAUUCGCAUGAAGCAGCUGAAGCGCCAAUUGGAGGAAGCUGAAGAAGAGGCAUCACGAGCUAAUUCCAACCGCCGUAGGCUGCAAAGAGAGCUGGAAGAUGUGACAGAGUCAGCCGAGUCUAUGAACCGGGAGGUGAACACACUCCGAAACCGGCUCAGCAAGUUAGAGCGACAACAACGCAAGAGGGGACCCCUUCAAUUCACUCAUCGUACCAUACGUACAGUGUACCAUCUUGAAGGUGUUUCUGAUGAAGAGGCAGAGGCACCCUCUGGAGAACCAUCAACCAAUCAUCAACAGCCUCCUCAGCAGGAGUGA